UCAUGUUGCGUGCAGCCAACCUUGCUUCUCACGUGGUCCCCUGAGUAGUACAGGGUAUGACCCAAAAACAAAAAAAGGAGAAGACAAAGCCUCAUUUAGAAGCCUCUGGAGCACGUCGAAACAGGCUUGACCUGAGCCAUGGUCUCUGGCUUGGGUGCCUUGCCCAUCCCUGCCUUCACCAUAGACCUGCCCUUCCUGCCUCUGCCAGUCCUCACUCAGCACAACCUUUCAUCUCUGAGGGUCAGGUCAGUCUGCUUUACCUCUCUGACAAUCUUCAUUGUGUUUCUAUUCGGCUCUUUAUUUUCCAGGUACUCCUGACACUUCAUCUCAAGUGGAAAAGAAUGAAGGGAAAGGAACAAAGAGAAAAACCUCUGAAGAAGAGAAGAAUGGCAGUGAAGAGCUUGUGGAAAAGAAAGCAUGGCGAGUGAAGUCGCUGUUUGCUCUUUCUCAGCCUCUUCAGAGAUCCUUCGGCUGAAGGGCUACGUGGCAGAACGCAAGGGUGAGCGGGAGGAGAUGCAGGAUGCUCAUGUCAUUCUCAACGACAUCACCGAAGAGUGUAGCCCCCCGUCAUCCCUUAUUACCCGGGUUUCAUAUUUUGCUGUUUUUGAUGGACAUGGAGGAAUUCGUGCCUCAAAAUUCGCUGCCCAGAAUUUGCAUCAGAACUUAAUCAGGAAGUUCCCUAAAGGAGAUGGGAUCAGUGUCGAGAAAACUGUUAAGAGAUGUCUUUUGGACACUUUCAAGCAUACUGACGAGGAGUUCCUAAGACAAGCCUCAAGCCAGAAACCUGCCUGGAAAGACGGCUCCACUGCCACAUGCGUUCUGGUCGUGGACAACGUUCUCUAUAUCGCCAACCUCGGGGACAGCCGGGCCAUUCUCUGUCGCUACAAUGAAGAGAGUCAGAAACAUGCCGCUUUGAGCCUCAGUAAAGAACACAACCCAACACAGUACGAGGAGCGAAUGCGGAUCCAGAAGGCUGGAGGGAACGUCAGGGACGGGCGUGUCUUGGGCGUACUGGAGGUGUCCCGUUCCAUUGGGGAUGGCCAGUACAAGCGCUGUGGAGUCACUUCUGUGCCAGAUAUCAGACGCUGCCAGCUGACCCCCAAUGACAGGUUUAUUUUGCUGGCCUGUGAUGGCCUCUUCAAGGUCUUCACUCCGGAAGAAGCUGUGAACUUCAUCGUGUCCUGCCUUGAGGUAAGACCUCUCCAGGGGGAACCACAGCCCUCCCUUGCUUGGUGUUGUCCCAUGUUUCACUGCCUGCGUGGAGAUGGGAUCCCAGGAGAGCGGGCACAGCAGCCUUGGUCACCGCACCUUACUGCCCAUCAGGAUGAGAAGAUCCAGAGCCGGGAGGGGAAGGCGGCCGUGGACGCUCGAUACGAGGCGGCCUGCAACAGGCUGGCCAACAAGGCGGUACAGCGGGGCUCAGCUGACAACGUCACGGUGAUGGUGGUGCGGGUGGGCUGCUGAGGGCCAGGGCUGCAGUUGCCUCAGUGUGUACAUUUGGUGGCUACUCUGGGGCCUCCCAUGCUGUAAAUAAAGGAUUUCUUUUUUUUCCCCCCUA